AUGCCAUCCUGGACGCACCUUGUUCGUUUCAUCGCUGUCGAGGACAGUCAGGUCCACCUUGGCCAAUUGGUUGACCCAACUCGCGAUGUUGGUCGUGACAGUGUCAAUGGCGUUGAGAUUGCUGUCUACGUGAUCGAAGGUACAAUUUUUGACGGCCGAGUUACGAAGGAAAUCAUGCACGUCAAGCAGCUACUAUCCCCGGUCUCAAGAGAGGAUUGCAAUUAUAUCCGCUGCCUGGGCCUGAAUUACAUGGACCACGCAAAGGAAGCCAACAUGGCUCUUCCCAAGGCCCCGAUUUUAUUCACGAAGCCACGGACUGCUCUAGCAGGACCCUAUCCUGCUGCGAUCAACAUUCCUAAAUGUGCUCAGGAUGGAACAAGCGACUAUGAAGCCGAGCUGUGUCUCGUCAUCGGCAAGAGCGGUCGCGAUAUUCCCGAAGAAGAAGCCCUUGACUAUGUUCUCGGAUACACGGCCUCAAAUGAUGUGUCCGCGCGGACAAUGCAGAUGAUUACCACGCAGUGGUCCUUCUCUAAAGGUCUUGAUGGCAGCUGUCCACUCGGUCCUGUCCUCGUUUCUCCCUCUGUGAUUCAAGACCCCCAAGCUCUGUCGAUCAAGGCUAUUCAUAACGGAGCAACCGUGCAGGAUGGCCACACAAAGGACAUGAUAUUCUCCAUCAAGAAACAGAUCUCUUACCUCUCCCAAGGUACGACGUUGGAGGCGGGUACUAUCUUCUUGACGGGAACACCGGCUGGUAUUGGCUAUUUCCGUGAUCCCAGAGUGGUUCUAAAGGAUGGUGAUGAGAUCUCAGUGGAGAUUGAUCAGAUUGGAACGUUGGUCAACAAGGUUCGAUAUGAAAGUCGCUGA